UAUAUAAACAUAUUCAACAAUUAUAUUUAAACUCUUCUCCUCCAUUGUUCUUCACAUUCAAGAAACUUCAAUUCUACAUUUUAGAGAGAAGCUUAUCCGAGAUAUGGAUUCCGGAGUUUUUCGAUUUUUCACAUUCUUCUUCCUCGUCUAUCUUUUCGUCAGUUCAGGCUCAAGCAUUGCAGAAUUACUUCCGUUUGAAGCAGUUCAGGAUGACACAAUUGCUGACUAUCAAGAAAACCAGAUACCUUUCUCGUCUUCAGCAUUCACCGCCCAACCAGACGCCGUUCCAGUAGUAAACCCAACAGAUCCCGGAACAACCACGCCUAUAGUAAAUCCAACGAAUCCCGGAACAACCACGCCUAUUAUAAGCCCGAUAGAUUUGCCUCCACCGCCAGCUCCGGUCACCACAACACCACAGUUUCCCCCGGUCACUACAACACCACAGUUUCCCCCAGUCACGACAACUCCCACUACUCCAACCUCAUCAGGAGGGAAAUGGUGUAUUGCAAAUCCAAGUGCUUCAGAAACUGCUUUACAGGUUGCUCUUGAUUAUGCUUGUGGCUACGGUGGAGCAGAUUGUUCAGCAAUUCAACCUGGUUCGGCUUGUGCGAAUCCAAACACUGUUCGAGAUCAUGCUUCAUACGCCUUCAAUGAUUACUACCGGAAGAAUCCAGCUCCUACCAGCUGUGUUUUCGGCGGAGCAGCACAACUUACCAACACCGACCCAAGUAGUGGGAACUGUCACUAUCCACAAGCCUCAUCAACACCCAGCAUAAGUCCGCCAGUCAUCUCGGCACCAACCAUGCCAACCCCUACGAUAACUACCCCUACUACGAUGAGUCCACCAAUGUUGACCACACCUAGUGGACCAACAAUUUUCGGCGUGGCAGAACCGACAAGCCUGCCUAGCUCAGCUACCUCUGUUUCAUGCAGUUUACUUCUCCUAUGUUCCACAAUGGUCAUUCUGCAAUCACUACUUGCCGCAAAUCAUUUCUAAGCGUAUAAACUUUAAAUUUACUGCUCUCUUUAUUGAGGGGGCAGUUGCCACCACAAGACUUCAUCAAUGUCUAUGCAGGGAGAAAGAAUCAACAUCGACAUGUUCUUGUCACCAGAUAGUCUAUUUGCUAUAUUGCUUCUAUUAAGCAAUCAGUUGAUUGAAAAGUUCAAAGACAACGAAGAAGAUCAUAGAAUAUCUUAGAUUCUUGUACUUGUAGGGGAAUUAGAUUAGUUACUUCCUCUUCGGUUUUAGCAUAAUAAAGAAUUAGAUAAAUUUCUAUGCUUUAGACCUAUUUAUACAGAUAAGAAAGAUGUACUCAUUAUUAGCCAGCAAAUGAAUUAAUUUAUGAAAGAAAAAAACAACAAUUGCUUAGUCUC